AUGAGUAACAAACGCCAGAAAGAUUUGUAUGCAUUCUUUUCUUCUAAAAGGACAAAAACUGCUGCUACUUCCGAAGAAAACUUGGCGGAUAGGACGGAUCAGACUAUAGUAUCAGAAUAUAUUAGUGAAAAUCGUACGAAUUUCACUGAUUGUCAACCAAGCACUUCGUCUUCUGCUGUAAUGGAAAACAAAGAAUCUGAAAGAAUUACACGGAAAGAAAAAGAAUUAGCUGUGCCAAAUAUGUUUGAUAUCGGCAACUACGUUGAAGAAUUUGGAAGAAUGCCAAAAAAUCAAGAUAACUUAAAAAAAAUUGUAGAAAUACUAAUUCUUUGUGGACAACAAGAAAUAGGUCUUAGGGGUCACAGAGAUUCUGGCAGAUUGACUUUGGAAGCUCCAGAAUCUAAUGAUGGCAAUUUCAGAACCUUGUGUAGAUUCCGUGCUAAGUGUGGAGAUACUGGUUUUAAAGAACAUAUCCUAUCAUCAGGAAGCAGAAGCAUGUAUAUAUCUCCAGUAAUUCAAAAUGAACUUAUUUCAAUAAUAGGCUCUCAAAUUCAAAGAAAAAUUUUAGAACGCGUCCAAGUUACGAAAUAUUUCAGUGUUUUAGCGGACGAAACCACUGACAUUUCUCGACAAGAGCAAUUUUCUCUAUGCGUGAGGUAUUACGACGAAUCUGUAAAGGGAAUCCAAGAAGACUUCCUCACUUUCGUUCCUGUUACGGAUGUCACGGGCCAAGGACUAGCAAACAUAUUAAAGAAGAUGUUAUUUUCUCUUGGAUUUGAUCUCAAUUACUUGAGAGGACAAGGCUAUGAUGGUGCUGCUACUAUGCGAGGUGCAUUUAGGGGAGUACAAAGUAUCGUAUCAGCAGAGUAUCCUAAAGCCUUACACGCACUGUUUAUCGCAUUGCUUAAAUUUGUGCCUGAACGAUGCGUCAAAAAUUCCGCAAAAUAUCUGCAAUCAAAAAACAUAGACUUGGUGGUUGCUUUAGAACGAGUGGGCCAGGCAUCUGAUGCUUUAGAAAACAUAAGAAAUAAUGCCGAAAAAGAGUUUCAACAAAUUUUCACAAACACUGUUAAGUUAGCAGAAGAACUUAACAUUGAAAUAGGUCUACCGAGACGUGUUGGCACCCAAAAGCAUCGCGAGAAUUAUCAGGCUGAAAAUGCAGAACAGUAUUAUAGAGUUUCACUAUUUAUUCCAAUUAUUGAAGACCUAAUACGCUCACUUGGGGAACGUUUUUUAGGGCAGUCUUUGGAUACGUUAAUCCCUGUUAAUACAAAGACAAAUGAGUUUAAGCAUUUAUUGCCUGCAAUUGAAAAAUACUCUGAUGAUCUAAACACUAACAAUGAAUCAAUGUUGCGUGCUGAAUUCGAAUUAUGGCAGAUGAAAUGUGCCAAUUUUGAAAAACCAAUAAGGACUGUUGUGGAGGCUCUACAAGAGUGUGCAGAAGAUAUGUUUCCGAAUAUAAAUAAAUUAUUAGUUAUGUUAGCAGUACUGCCAGGUUCCAACAUAUUACAGUGA